GGUGAGGAGGGAGCUUAGUACAAACCAUUUUUGUGGGCCGCUUUUUCUCAUAUUUAAAUGAUGAGAUGGGCUGAAGUUGUGUGUACUUUAUCAAGACUAAAUACAUUUAAACCCGAGAAUUAAAAAUGCUAACAAUUAUUUUUAUUCAGCCCAAGCUCUACAGAUCUGUCAUUGAAGAUGUGAUUGAAGGGGUCCGUGAGCUAUUUACAGAAGAAGGGAUAGAGGAGCAAGUCCUGAAAGACUUAAAGCAGCUGUGGGAGACGAAGGUGAUGCAGUCUAAGGCAACAGAAGGUUUCUUCAGAAAUAGCCACCCGGGCCCUCUCUUCACUCUGCAGUUGCCACAUAAUUUGCACCAAACAAUACAGACUUCAACAGCAUCUUUAGUUAUCCCUGCUGGGAGAACUAUUCCAAAUUUCACUACUACAGAACUGGGCACCUCAAAUUCCAGUGCGAAUUAUAGCCUUCCUUCUGGAAUUGGUUAUCCCAUUCACGUACCAGCAGGAGUGACUCUGCAGACAGCAUCUGGACAUCUUUAUAAAGUGAAUGUGCCUGUCAUGGUAACACAGACCCCUGGAGGAGCAAGUAUCCUUCAGCAUCCGAUUCAGCAGAUAUUUCAGCAGCUCGGGCAACCUUCCAUAAUACAGACCAGUGUUACACAGCUGAACCCAACCUCGAUUCGGGCAGCCGAAAAAUCUCAGAGACUGGAAACUGUGCUCCCACAGCCCACUGUCCUCCAUCCUGGGCCAGUGGAAAGAAAGCAUUUAGAGACCCUUGCACAGCCACAUAUGGGAAAUGAACACAAAACCACGCCUGAGCUUCUGUUGAGUCAGCAGCCUAGUUCCUUGGAAAGCCCCCAGUAUAUGAAUCUCCCAGGUGUUGUAUUUACUCCACAGGCCUCUCAAACAGAUUCUAAUGGGGAGCCAGUGGUCAGUGUUUCAGGUGGCAUGACUCAAACUCUGGAUGGUGAACCGCUUUCCUCGGGCCCUCGGGACUCUCUUCACCAGCAGUCUGAUUCGGAGGUGCUUGUUCUCAAGAACAGGAUGGGUGAAAGUAGUUCCCUAAAGCAGCUUCACACCCGAGGGGACCCUUGCAGCCUCCCUGCCUCAGAAGAGGAAUCCAGCGCUCAAAUGGAUUUGAGUAUUCAAACAAUUGAUGACCUUAAAGAAAUUAUCCAGAUAGAUGGAACUGGAGAUACAUCUUCCAAUGAAGAAAUAGGGAGUACGAGAGAUGUGGAUGAGAAUGAAUUUCUUGGUAUUAUUGAUGCAGAAGAUCUUAAAGUUCUUGAAGAAGAAGGUGAUAGUAUCUCAAAUGAAGAUUCAACCACCAAUAGCAGCGAUAAUGAAGAGCCCCAAAUAGACAUUGUAGAGGAGGACCCUUUAAAUUCUGGGGAUGAUGUUAGUGAGCAGGAUGUGCCAGACCUGUUUGACACGGAUAAUGUAAUAGUCUGCCAAUAUGACAAGAUUCAUAGAAGCAAAAACAAAUGGAAAUUUUACUUGAAAGAUGGUGUCAUGUGCUUUGGAGGGAAAGACUAUGUGUUUGCCAAAGCCAUUGGAGAUGCAGAGUGGUAAAUCUGGUGUGCUCUGUUUAUCAGCUCUUUAGGUCUAUGGAGACAUUUACUGAGAGUAUACUAAAUAUUCUGAAAUUUUUUUUGUUUUAAAUAAAAUAGUUUACCAAAAUGUGCUAAUGUACAAAAUUAGAAGAACCUGUGCAGAUACAUGGCAAAUGUGCAAUUAUUUCUUUCCUUGUUUUGUUACUGUGAGUUACUAACUGAUUCUUCCCAUUAUCUAUAUUCUCUAAAAUAUAGGCAUUUAGGUUUAUUUGAUUUCCGAAGUGAUGAUGAUUGUUGGUAAUUGUUCCAGAAACAAUAGUACAACAGGAAGAAUGCCCUAGUUUUUCAUUAUUUUAAGUCAUUUCUGUUUUUUUCUGCUUGAUAAAAUACAUGUCAUUGUUUUUUACAAUGGCAUAUUGUAGGUGUCUAACUAUUAAGUCAGUAAUUAGUGAUCUGUCUUUUUGUUUGUUUAAAAAAGAAGCAAGGACGAGAAAGUUGAGAAAGAUGCAGUGGUAAUGUGAAAUAGCAAAUGUUUCUCAUAAGAAGGGUUAACGCUUUUACUCAACAUUUUGACUAGUUUGGAUUGCCUACAGUAAAACUGAAGUGGGAGCAUAUGGAACUGUGAUAAAGCUAUUGAAGCAAUUCAGAAAAAAUUCUGGAAUUUAGAAUUUUUCCAGGUUCUACAUUUGGAAUUCAAAUGAUAUUGUUUUGACCACAUCUGACAUUUUAUAAAAUGCUGAGUUUUUGAAGAAAAAAUAAAGCCAUUUGUUUGUUCUCAUGUAAUAUGUAUCCCUAUGAAUAUUA